AAAUAAGCAGAAAAUAUUAAAUUAUAUUAAAAAAAAACAACUACUUACAAAAUAACAAUGGCAGCCUAUGCACAAUUCGGAUAUGGUGGCUAUCCUUCAGCAUCGCAGCUCCUCACCGCCAAUCUCGCACAAUCACCCCAAACUGGCGACUCACCAAAUGCAACCAACAACAAUAACAACAACACAAGCGCUCUAAGCGGCGCCGGUGUUGUGAAUGUUCCUCCGCUUAGUCCGUCGAAUGUGGGUGAGUGUCGCGUAAAUACGGGCACAAGCGGUUCGGCAGAUGUGCCCAGUGGUGCAAUGAGUCCGGAUGGUCUUUCACAGAAUUCUAAUAAUACGAAUAGCGGCGCUGGUGGUGGUAUAAAUAGUGCAACCGUCGGCAGUGCACUGGAUGGCGGCGUUGGCGUAGCUGGUUUAGGCGGCAUCGCAGGACCGGGUAUUGGCGCUGCUGGUGGUGUUGGUGGUGGCAGCGGCGGUGUCGGCGGUUCCUGUUGCGAAAAUGGCCGUCCGAUUAUGACCGAUCCCGUCUCGGGCCAGACGGUGUGCUCAUGCCAAUAUGAUUCGGCGCGUUUAGCGCUUUCCAGUUACUCGCGUUUGCCCGCUGCUAGCGUGGGCGUUUAUGGCACGCCAUAUCCGUCGACAGAUCAAAAUCCCUAUCAGAGUAUCGGCGUGGACAGCUCGGCAUUUUAUUCACCCUUGAGCAAUCCAUAUGCAUUAAAAGAUUCAACAACUGGCACUGAAAUGACUGCUUGGACAUCCGCUGGUUUACAGCCCACCACGGGAUAUUACUCAUACGACCCGAUGUCCGCUUAUGGCUAUGGCCCCAGCUAUGACUUGGCAGCACGUCGUAAAAACGCCACACGCGAAUCUACUGCUACACUGAAAGCCUGGCUUAACGAGCAUAAAAAGAAUCCCUACCCCACCAAGGGUGAGAAGAUAAUGUUGGCCAUUAUUACAAAGAUGACGCUGACGCAGGUCUCCACGUGGUUCGCCAACGCACGACGACGUCUUAAGAAAGAGAAUAAAAUGACUUGGGAGCCAAAGAAUCGCACCGAUGAUGAUGAUGAGGCAAUGGCGUCGGAUGACGAAAAGGAAAAGGAUGAGUUGGAGAGUGAAAAGUCAUCACAAGGCUUGCAUGGUGUUAAUAUUGGCGGCGGCGGACAGCGGAAAGAGCUUGACAAGGACGAUGACGAUCUGCAUGAUGAGGAGUCCAAAUCUUUAGGCUCACACGCGAGCGAUCUUCGCAGCGCAGGCAUUGGCUAUUCGGGCGGCAGCGUUGGUGGUACACCUGGUGGUGGUUACCAUGCCGCCGUAGAGGGCACUUCAAGCCACCCACACAGCUAUCAUCCCUAUCACCAUCAACAUCCCGCUUACUAUCAGCAUCAGCAGGCGUUGUUAGCUGCUAGCGGUUAUCCUACAAGCGGCAUGCCGGGCAGCAAUUCCAACAUCAACAACAAUAACAACAACAACAUUAACAAACACGAUGGUAGCGAUCCAAAAAACCAGCUGAGCCGGGACUGUGGCGUGCCGAUUCCAGCAAGCAAGCCCAAAAUCUGGAGUUUGGCCGACACAGUCGCCUGCAAGACCCCACCGCCAGCACAAGCAGCAGCAUACAUGGGCCAGGCGCAGCAGCAGCAGCAGCAACAACAUGCAAUGCAACAAGCGCACGUGAACAGCAGCGGCAUGGGCAAUCAUAUGGGCUUGUCACAACAGCAGCAGCUGCAGCCGCAGCAACAGAUGAGCGGACCGCCGCCAGCAACACAUAUGAUGAUGAGCAAUUACGGCGUCGGCACAGCUUACUCGCGGGCGCCGCCUACCACAGCUUACGGGGGUUUUCUAGGGGCUACAAUGCAGCAGCUGCAUACUACGAACAAUAUCCCCUACAACAACAACAACAACAGCAGCAGCACCAACAGCAACAACAACAACCACAACUCCAAUCACCAUCACAACAACAACAACAUCAGCAGCAGCAGCAACAUCAUCAACAACAACAACAACGUCCCAGCCCAUACCAAUACCAUCCCUACCAACACGCGUACUAUGGCAAAUACUACGGCUCAACAAUUAGCAGCGGGCACCGUGGCACCUCCACACCCAACAUCCACACAUAUGCGACCGAGCAGCCACAACAACCCCAGCGCGGCACACCAUCCAUACGGAGCGGCUCAGCGGGGGAUGGGGUUUCCCGAAGCCCAACCCGAUACUCCACCCCAAACUCCGCCGAAUAUGAAACAACAGAGCGUGGCAGCGAAUCUAUUGCUUACCGCUUCGCAAAUCCCUACGAUCGCUACUUAUCGCAAUAAUGGUAAUGCGGGUGUUGGUGGGAGUCUAAACUCUAGUGGCGGCGUAUAUGGUCAUAGUAACGGUAUGCCAACGGGUUACGCAAUGAACUAUUCGACGCGUUACGAUGAGUACUCGCCGCGUGAUGAAAGUUCGAGCGGUUCGAGUAGUUGCAGUUCAGCAGACUCGCCACGUUUACAGUCGAAUGACGGGCCUUACAAAGCGUCGUUUAAGAGUCAACAAAUCGCUGGUUUUGUGUCACCCGUUUAAAAGUCGAUGGGCAUAUACGGCAGAAUUUCAUUCGACUGUAAGAUUUUCAGACAGUAAGACAUUUCCUUUUCUUCACACAUCUGGGACUUUGUGCAAAUACUUAUAAAAUUAAUUUUUAAAACUAACAACAACUCUAAAAUCA